AUGAGCAACGACUUUCGUCGAGCAAACCCGAACGAUUCGGAGAGCGAACAGGAGGACCUUGCACGUAGGGUACAGGAACAACAACAUCGUCCUGCUUCUAUUGAUAUGGCACUCAACUUGGAACGAGAGCUUGAUGCUGAACACGAUCACCACCAAGAACAAGAUGGUUAUAAUGAUGAUGGUGGUGAUGGUGUUUAUGAUCGGCAAUUAGACGGACGGAGGAGAUUGCGAGUUCGCGAGACAACAUCAGGUUCUAGCUAUUCCGCAUCAGCCGGAGAGGAAGCAGACAUCGAGGAAGUACCAUUGAACGAUUCUUCUGCGGGAAGUGUUAGCGCAGCACAAGCUAACAAACGCGUCUCACUCGACCCACAAAUCCUCCAACAACUCGUCGCGAACCUCCGCAUCGAGCUCGCACGAACGAUACAAGAACGCGACGCGUUAGCUGAGACGCUUGCCAACGCACCUACUCGUGAGGCGGAGUUAAGGGAGGCGUUGAGUUUGUUGACUGAUAGGUGUGCGAAGUUGGAGAGUGAGUUGGAGGGGUUGAGGAAGAAGAGUCAGGAUGAUGAGGAUCAGGUUAAUAUGCUUAGGACUAAGCUUGAGGAGAGCAGGAGCGCGUUAAUGCGUCUACAAACAGAGAACAAGCGCGCGAGCAUUAUAGGCAGCCAUAUGAGCGUCGACACCUCGCGCGCAAACACACUCUUUGGUGGAGGACCCUCAAGUUCGAAACGUGCUUCCUUCACACCGCUCACAGGCUCUGGUGCUACCAAUCAACCUCAAACUCAUCGCAUGCACAACCAUCGACGAAUCUCGUCGGUCAGCGAACCGUCGUUUGCUCUUGAGAGUGGUGGUACAGAACCGGGAUCACCAGUCGGUCGGACUAUCUCGUGGCCGGAGGAGAAUGGUAAUGGUGAUGCGAAUGCGAAGAAGGGAAGACGCUCGAGUGCGUUUUAUGGUGGUAUACCCAUGUCGAUGGGUUCGAACAAAUCUGCGUCGACGUCGCCUUCUCCACCCACACACUCCCGUCAACUCGCAGUAGACAAUAAUACCAACGAAGAACUGGAUGCACUGCGAAAAGAACGAGACUCAGCACGCGCGGAGCUAAUCUCGGCUAAACAAGAACUAGCAGAAGCGCAAGAAGCGAGAGAAGCGUCGGAGCAGUGUGUAUCUGCAUUGAGGACGUUUAUUGCUGCUCAGGCGGCUAGUGAGGACUCGGGUGUGAGUACGACGGGGAUUUUGAAGUUGCCGCCGUUGCCUACCGAGAGGAGCGCCGACGAGGAACAACAAAGGCAACAAACGCCGAGCAGGAAGAAUACGAUGACGGCGAGGCCGGGUAUGGGUGCUGGAUGGUCGUUUGGGAAGUUGUUCCGCACGGAAUCGGGGUCGACUGGGGAGUCGUCCUCGACUAACGUCUCACCGCCUGUUAAUGGCUCUUCUGCAACAUCUCCGGCGAGUGGUGCGCCGUCAAUCUCGACCAACUCAUCAACCUCGAACGGAAGUGGGAAUGGAGGGAACAACAGCCCAAGUCCGAGCACUGCUACUCCCGGCGGGGCAUUUUCGCGUACCUUUGGAGGGUUCUUUGGUGGACGAGCGCCGAGUAUUACGUCGAUUACUUCUGUUACGUCGCCUUCCAAGUCUCCAGCUUCAGACAGUACUGGGAAAGCGAAUAAGGACAAGAAGUUACCGGUGAGACCACCGACUGCACAUGGACAGCAGGAGCCUACGAUGAAUGGGUUGGGCUCGGACGAUGAGGAUGAGGGUGAGGGUGAUGAGACUUAUACUCGUUCUCCACCUCAACCUCAUUCGCCCCCAGUUGGUGAGAAGGAGUCUCAACCUGCUGAGGCUGAGCCGAGAAGUCCGUCGGUCGAAGGGAAUGAUAGGUCGAAGUUGAGCGAGGUGUCAGAGAUUUGGGUAAGGAAUAAGAGUGAUACUAGUACGGAGUCACAGUCGGAGGUGAGGGACCUGGAUGCUGGUGUGGAUGGGAAGGGUAAGGAGGAGACGAGUGUGCAUGCAGCUGCUUAAUCCUCCCUUUCUCAGUUUCUCAGUCUCUACAUUCAUCCUGCUCAUGCUUGAGUUUCAAUAUUCGGAUUCGGUAUGGUUGAUUUUCUUUCUGUGCGCGGAUUCACUUUGAUUGCGAGUUCCAAGUUUUAUGGGAUUGGGGAAUGAUAGACGUUUUGUGUUCGUGUUCUCAUUCGCAUACCACUCCAUUCCAUACCCUGCUACGACUUGCCACCAUGCUCAUAUCUUAAUCAUGCAACCCUUAUCUUUCUUCUUUUUCUUGUCUCUGCUCUUUAAGGGGGAGUUUUCUGCCUGGUCGUCUUUAUCACCUUUCUUCCGCCGAUGAUAUUGGCUUUGGUUUUGGUCUGAUGGGGACAGUAUGUGGGGAGAGGUGGGGGGUGGGGGUGAUAGGUACUGUAUGAUGAAGAAAGAAGACAGAAAAAGAAAGAAACAAGUAACAACAAGCAGUAAUAAUAUUCAUGCAUACACAUGUCUUAUUCCUUUUUGC